CAUCAUCAAAGAAAAACUGUUUGAAUCAUCAAGAUGCUGCGUUCAAUGAUGUUCAAGAAUGUUGUUCAUUACAACGAACACCAAUCAGUGGAAUUCAGCGAUGGAUUUAAUUUAAUUAUUGGAAGAAAUGGUAGUGGGAAAUCCGUUAUUUUCGAACUUAUUAGACGUUGCAUGUCAACAAGAAUAAGUUCAACUAUACCCUCCACUUGUGGCAACGAAAAAGACCCAGCUUUUGCAAUAUGCAGAUUUACUAAUUUGGAAAGAAGUCCAUGUGAAUUGUUGUCCGGAAUAUUUAUGGCUUUGGAAGGCGAAAAAAAAUAUUUUGUGAAGUUUAUUAUAUACAAAUAUUCAGAUAGAUUGCUGGGUUGUGCUGAUAAAUAUGAUUGCAUAUCUACUGGGGGGAAAAUAAAAUCUAUUGGUGCGUUAAUGGCAUCGAGAGAAAAUGUGCCAAUCACCGAUGUUGAUGCUUUGAAAAAUUACAUAGAAAAUGGUACAAUACCAAAAAACAUCGAUACUUUUGUGAGGGAAAUCAUCAGUUCUUUUCCGAAGUCUGAAUUUGACUUACUUAGCUCAGGAGAGCCUCAAAGUGCCUGUCAAUUGGUAUUAUACGAACUAGAAAAUUUCUUUGUAGCAACUUUUCCGAUGCGAUCGAUUGGUCCAUCUCAGUGGACAGAAAGUGAGCGAGUUAGAGCAAACUGGCGAGAAGCAAACGAGAAAGAAGUCAAUGCUAGAGCAGAGAUUAUUCGUGACCUGUAUUUUCCAGAGGAAGGGAAGGAAAGUACUGAAAACAAAAGGCGAAUAGACAAAAAAUUAUUCCAAGAUACAUUAGAUAAGUUAACGUAUCCAAAUCAUUUUGAAGUAGGUGGGACUGCACACACCAUAACAAUUAAUGGAAUUAGUCUUUUAAGAGCUCCUGAAGGUAUUGUAGAGGCAAUACAAUUUGCGCUUAUAUUCGCAUGCAACGAUUUUAAAACAAUUUGUUUAGAGGAACCAGAUCGAGGAAUGCAUCCCGAAAUGGUUGAACGUCUAAGAGAAUUAAUUUUUAGAUCGGAAGGAAAAGCUUUCAUCCUGAUCUCUCACAACAUUUCAUUUGUCAGCAGGUGGACAAUUCCAAAAACACAUGUAUGUGUUUCUGAAAAAGUUGAUGCCACUCCAAAUCAUAAAGUUGUAUCUUGUAGUAAUCUGAGUUAUAUUUCUCAGAGAAGUGUCAAACUGUUAACUGACACAGAUGAUCUUAAAAAAGUUUUGUUUGCAAGAAGAAUUCUUUGUGUCGAGGGCAAGGCAGACAAAAUAGUAAUUGAAGGUAUUUUUAGUUAUCUUGUGCAACACAUUGAUGACGAAAAUUUGAGAAGGGAAUUGAAUCUAGAUCCAAUGGACAUACAGAAUAUAUCAAGUCAUCAAUUAAUUGAGCUAGGUUCAUGCUCUUAUGAGGAACAGAUUAGAAGCUGUUGUGAAGAUUUCAAUGUAAGUUGUAGAUUUCUUCUCGACCUAGACGCCUACGUCGUGAUCACGAAGGAUGAAAAGAAAAAAGCCACCAGUAUUGCAAUUCAAGGUUUCAAGAUAAGACAAAAGGGAAGGUUCGAUAAAUUUAAAACGCUUGAUUCAUUCAUUAGUGAUCCUGAAGGGUUAGAUGUACUAAUACGAUUAAAAGAAAUUGAUCAAACAUUUUUCUGGAAAGGGGGACGAAUCGAAGAACUAAUAGUAAAAUCUCUUGAUGCAUCCGAGUUCAGUGCUAUCUUUACUGAAGCACGUUAUAUAAAACAUCCUCUUUCCGAGGUAGAAUUUGUCAGUAAAAAUGCUAAAAAUGAACUCCAAGAGUUUAUCUUGAGAGGAGAUAAUAAUUCCCUUCUUUUUAAAACAUUGGUGAUGAAAGAUGAAAUAAAAAGAUUUGUUGAAUUUAUGAAGAGAAAUUGAAA